AAAAAACAAAAACAAAACAGAAAAUCCCGAGUGCAGUUGACGAUUUAUGUGUUAAUUUUUUGGACAUUUCUUGAGCUUCCUGCGAAUACGCUCAGAACACAACUUGCAUACCAAAAAGGCAAAAACAAUGCACAGCUUAAAGUUCAGUCUGCUGCUGUUGCUCUUGGCGCUCUCGCUAUGCAUCAGCUGCUGUCAGGGCGCGCGUCGACUGCGCAAGAAGCCGAAGGUCUACAAUGCGCUUAUCACCACGGACGACAAUCUGACAUCGAGUCGCGCCUAUCCGGUCAUCCAACCCACCAUACAUGAGCCAGGCUAUGCACCAUUCGGACCCUUUAAUCCCUUUGGCUUCUACAGUCCGCCGCUUGUGAGAUUUGGACAGCCUUUGGUGCCAGGUUUGCCGCCCAAUGAGCGGCUGCCAUAUCCGCUGCCUACAGCCCCGCAAUAUCCGCCUGUUUAUGCAUCAUUUGAUCCUCAUCAGCCUAACAUUUUGCCGGGGGAACAGCAGCCACCACCGCAACCACAACAGGAGCUGGCGCCCCAAAUGCCAACAGCUGAGGAAACAGAGCCUAAAGAGCUUAAGGGCAAGGACCAGCUGCCGUUGCCUCUCAAUGAUCGAGGAUUGCCACCUGUUUUGAUACCACUUUCAUCCCAGUUCAACGGUCAGCCCAUGCAUCUGCCGCCCUAUUCCUACCAACAGUACCCAGUGGUCUAUGACCAGGCAGGCUACGUCCGGCAGCGCGAAAACUAUUUGCCACCUUACGAUUACUAUCCCAGCCAAGGAUAUCCGACGCGUAACCCUUCAACUGAUGCGCCGCCCGUUCAACAACCAGAGCCAGAGCCAGAGGCGGAGGUGCAGCCUUUGCCACUGGACAGCCUGGAUGCUACGCCCAGUUUCGAUGAUAUCAAAAAUGGGUCAGAGAAUAAAAAUAUAGAUGUGCCCGAUGUACCGCCGCCGCCAAUACCUUCGGGUCCAAAGCGCCCCAGACCAAAGGAUAAUUGAGGCGUGUUUUGGGAGCCGCCCCUUACGAAAUAUACGCGUAUUUAUUACCAUUUUCUUUAAGCAUUUCGAUUUGAUGUAUGUCGUUCAAUAAUGUAAUUAAAUAAGCUAAGUAAGUGUUCAUCAAAGAUAAUAAAUAAAUGAAUAUAA